CUAGAGUGGAGCUCAGGAGAGAAAUUCUGGACUGAAUAUUUAGCCGGGACAGUCUGCACUGAGAUUCCAAUUAAAGCCAAAGUUGCAGGUGAGGCCCCCAUGAGAGAGAACAUAAAGGGAGAAGAGAAGAGGACCAAGGACAGUUUGGGGGUACAGCCAUCAUUAGGGGUGCUGCAUGAAGGAGAAAUCCAGUAAAGGAGAUGAUGAGGGAGUCAUCUGACACUGUUGGUUGGUGAAGAACCAAGAGAGAACAAGAUCCCCAGGACAGCAAAAGGAGAGAGUGUCAGAUGCCACCAAGAGAUCAAGAAUGAUGAAGAUUGAGAUGUGCAACGGCUUAGGCAGUGGAAGCACCUGCCAGGUCGGACAGAGUGCCUGAGCUACACUGCUGCCCCCUCCCUCCAGGACCCAUUGCAGCUGCCAGUGCCCCUGACCCACGGUAACCAUGUGUGACCACAAGGCCAUCGUCAGAAACGCAGACAUGUUAGAGGAGAUGCAGCAGGAGUCCAUGGAGUGUGCCACCCAGGCCCUGGAAAAGCACAGCGUCGAGAAGAACGUAGCAGCCCACGUCAAGAAGGAGUUAGAGAAGUACAGCCGCACCUGGCACUGCAUCAUGCGGAAGAACUUUGGCAGCUGCAUGAUGCACAAGGCAAAGUGCUUCAUCUACUUCUACCUGGGCCAAGCCGCCAUCCUCCUCUUCAAGUCUGCUUAGAGCAUGGCCUGUGCCUCCUGCCCCGAGAGCCAUCCAGAUCACAAGGACUGCAGCCUAAAUUCCAAAUACUAGAGACUGCGCUAUCUUCAGCGUUGCCAUGGGAACACCUCCAGUUCUAAGCCUUUAUUGUGGUGGUGGUGUUGUACGGGGCAUCCUAUGUACUAGU